CGGUUACUAGGGGCGCCGGGAAGCUGCUGUGAGGACGGGGCGGAAGUGGCUGGAUGGACUUCCGGGUGUCACUGAGCAAUAAACAUGUCCGCCGAGUUCCAGGGGUACGAGCAGGACUAUGGGGUCCUCAGCGCCGAGAUCACCGGCCGCAUCGCCAAGAUCCCCAAGCUGUCCGCGGAUGAGAAGAAGCAGAUGGUGACGGCUGUGGACAAGCAGCUAGAAGAGGCCAAGGAGCUGUUGGAACAAAUGGACUUGGAAGUCCGGGAGAUUCCGGCGCAGAGUCGGGCAAUAUACAGCAACCGCAUGCGGAGCUACAAGCAGGAGAUGAGCAAGAUGGAGGCAGACUUUAAAAGGUCACGGAUCGCCUACAGUGACGAAGUGCGGAAUGAGCUCCUGGGGGACGAUGGGAAUUCCUCCGAGUGCCAGUUGAUAAAAUUACGGGAAGAGAGAGCUCAUCUGCUGGAUAACACGGAGAGGCUGGAGAGGUCAUCCAGGAGGCUGGAAAGCGGAUACCAAAUCGCAGUGGAGACCGAACAAAUUGGUCACGGUAUCCUGGAAAACCUGAGUCAGGACCGGGAGAAGAUCCAGCGGGCUAGAGAGCGGCUCAGAGAAACAGACACCAACCUGGGGAAAAGUUCCAGAAUUCUGACCGGGAUGUUACGAAGGAUCAUCCAGAAUCGGGUCUUAGUUGUCGUCCUGGGAAUUAUCAUCGUCUUCACCAUCGUCCUGGCAAUUUAUUUUUCUUUUCGUGGACAUUGAACUUGGACGCUCCUCACCGUGCAGCGGACGGCAGAGCGUUGUGUGUGUGUGUGUGUGUAUACUGAGUAAUUAAGACAGAGUGUUUCCAUGAAUCAUCCUCCUGCACUGACAGAGCCCUCUGCUCCGCCACGGAACAAUACCCUGAAAAUGCAGGUUUUUAUUUCCCCAAACGGCCUGACCCCCCCCCCCCCCACUGAGGACCUGCAUCUCAAAUCCCGUAACAGGCGCCUUUCCUGCCCGGUUUCACUUGAGUGGUGGUUCCCACUGUCGCACAAACUAGGUAGCCUCUUAGGGGUGAAGUUGUAUAUUUCUUUGUGAUUUUCGUGUUUUGUUUCUUGUCCCACCUGCAGAGAAAUUCCACACGGAUAUUAGCAGGUAGUGGGGUUCUGUGUUCCUCUCAUGGAUCUCACGUAUAUUACACAAGCAAAAAUAAUUGUACAGUCGCCCCCAAAAAAAUAAACGAGAGCUGCUGGCAGGGAAGUUCAUCAUUUAAACAUCUACUAAUAAACCGCUCAGAAUUAUUUUAUUUCUGUUUAUCGCAACAAUCGGUUUAAACCUAGAGUAACUGGAAUAUAACAAGAUGUUUCAAAAAAUUGACGCAACUUUUUGAACACUCCUUUGUCUUCUGUUAUGUUUGUGCUGGGUGCGAUAGGAAGGUUGUUAUACAGUAGUUGUGUUAUUGUCACAUUAGUGUGGGCUGUCUGGGAGAGAAAAGACACACGGACUGGUGUUUAAACUAUGAUAAAGCUGCAGCGUUUGACCGGCGGUGAACGUUUUGUAGCUCUAAGUGUAGAUAUUAGCAUUAAUGUGCGGUGAGACUUUAAUCAAAUGUUCUCUUGUCAAAGAAGGCUCUCUGUAUCAUCUACCUGUUAUUUCCUAUCAUUUAUGAGUACUGCUUUAUUUAAAGGUCCCUCUCAUCUUUGGUCUUAAACCAUCCUUACUAUAACCUACCUCCCUCUAGCACACUGUAGGUUCCUACGGUAGGUAGGCUGAAGCUAGCAUUGUCCUAGCCAGACUGAGUAUAGGAGACAGUGAAGGUUGUGUCCAGGCUUGCAAUAUAGGGGGUCAUUCCGAGUUGAUCGCUCGCUAGCUAUUUUUUGCAGCGCUGCAAACAGAUAGUCAUCGCCCAUAGGGAAGAGUAUUUUUGCUUUGCAAGCGUGCGAUCGCAUGUGCAGUCGAGCACUGCAAAAAAGUUUUGUGCAGUCUCUGAGUCAGCCGCUGCGAUCGCUUCAGCCUGUUCUUGCCUGGAAUUGGCGUCAGACACCCGCCCUGCAAACGCUUGGACACACCUGCGUUUUUCCAAACACUCCCAGAAAACGGUCAGUUGACACCCACAAACGCCCUCUUCCUGUCAAUCUCCUUGCUACCGGCUGUGCGAAUGGAUUCUUUGUUAAAUCCAUCGCUCAGCAACGAUCCGCUUUGUACCUGUACAACGUGCCUGCGCGUUGCGGUGCAUGCGCAGUAGUGACCUGAUCGUAGCGCAGCGAAAAAUCCUAGCGAGCGAUCAGGUCGGAAUGACCCCUAUAGAGUCCACAUUUAGGACCUCCAUCCGUGGUCGGCAGCCUGCAGAUCUCCGGUUGUGGUUGGCCUGUUAGUCAGAAGCUGGUAGGGCAUGCUGGAACUUGGUGAAGUCAUACAGUAUUUAGGGCAAGUCAUACUUAGCACAGUUGGUUACAGACAUGGACAAAGUGUACAAAACCCAAUAAUACGGCUCUAAAACAGAUAUCAUGUACUGGGUUCCACCAACAUAAAAUAUAUUAUGAUUUGUCAGCCACUGUAACUAUUAUAGAGGUGAUAGUAUAGAAAUACUGUAAGUGCUAAGGGUCUCGCUGCGGAGCGUGUUCUCUCUCACUAUCGCGUCUAAUGAUACAUGACGCCUGUUUCAUGCUCCACACUUGGAUCACCUAAAUAAUGACACUGCCUGCAACCACUAAUGUAUGUUCAUUAGCCGUAGUUUGUAUAAAACAGCGGCAUUAGAGUAUUAGAAUGGGAAUCAACCAGACCUGGAGCUCGGGGGGGUACCCAUGUGACCCCAAUAAGCAAUGAGAGCUCAGGGUCACUUGGCUCCUUCCCUCCCAUUUUCCCCCAGGAAGGUCCGAUCAACAGUUCUAAAAGCUUUUAUAAAUCGGGAGCAUGGUGCAAGGAUAUAACCAGAUAGCGGUCCCCAUGAGAGUCUCCAGUAUGUACUAACCGUGCCGCACUGGUACUCACACAUUCCUAGGGUUCCCGUCUCAGAUGUAUCCCAGAGACUACGUCACUAUGUAGAUGGUGCAGUCACGGCCUGCUUUUCUGUGGUUUCCAGUGGACAGUGAGCUGUGUGUUCACCAGUGGUAACACGUUGACGAUGUUCCGUCAUUUUUAUGUCUGGAUUGUCCUGGAGAAUUUCAGCACUAGAACAAUUUGCUGCGGUUUCAUUCCCAGGCUUCAUUAAAUACCUCUCCUGUUAUACUAAGCCAUUAUCACCUAUGUAUUUUUGACCUCAUUACCAGUGCUCUGAAUAAUUUAUUUCAGUUGCUCACCGCACCCCCUGAGCCACAUGUUCACCCCAAGUCUGGUAACCUUCGCGUCUCUUGGUUUAUGUUGUAUUGUGCUGAUGUGGAAUUUUCUUUUAAGAUGACUUAUGUAUAAACAAGUGUAAUGCAAUAAAAAUACAUUAUUAAAAUACAUAGAAAUAUAA